ACCCAUUUUGGGAACCGUUUUACGGGAUUGAAUUAUAUUUCACUCGCAUAUGAGCUUCCUUUUCAAAAUAGCUCCUCUUCCAUUUUACAAUUCUAGAAAUUUCUCACACAGUUCGCCAUUCAUUUGUGAUUUUAGGGUUUGAAUAGAGAGAAUCCAAAAAAUGGCGGACAGUUCACCGGCGACUCGAAAUAACUCGACAAGCAUAACAGACCUCGACAUGGACGCAUUGGUUCACUGUGCAACUUAUUUGAAUCUUCAAAACCUGUCAAACAUGGCUAUGUCUUGUAAAUACCUUCAAAGAGCUGCCUAUUCUGACUAUAUUUGGCAAUCCCUUUUCAGACAGCAGUGGUCUCCAAUAGUACCUUCUAGCUUUCCUCAUAUACCAACUGCCAGGGAAGCGUACCUUGCAAGGCGUAGUGAUGUGCUGCAGUUCAAGUUCGUUGACCCUAUCGUUGUAGAGUUUGCUACUGAGGUUAAACCUCAUGAAAAUUUGCAUCUUGACAAAGACAAUAUCAUAUUUUCUCAGGGAUCUUCAGUCCAUAUAGUGAACAUUGGCAAUUUUCUGGAUGGAAGUGAUCCGUAUGUCACACUCGGUGAUCACACCUCCAGAAUUACUUCUAUGAGAUUAAUUCCAUUUGAAGAGACAUGCCUGUAUAGUAGCAAGAUGCAGAAAAAUGACAAUCUUUUGGUAACCUCAAGCUUUGACCAUUCAAUUCGGCUAUGGUGGAAGGGGCGUUGUCAACGAUGUUUCAGAGGCCAUAAUGGUCCAGUUUCCACACUUUCAGACAAAUUGUUGGGUGAUUGUCCUAGUAAUAUACUUGCAAGCGGUGGUUUAGAUGGAACUGUUCGAUUAUGGUCCCUUGAUUCUAGUGGUAAGCGCGGCCAACAAGCUUUGAAGGCAACACUUUACGGGCAUGAGAAACCUGUAGUGCUGAUGUCAGUUGCCGGGCACAAGACAUAUCUUCUAGUUAGCAUAUCAAAGAACUCCAAGGUGAUGGUUUGGGACACUUCUACUUCAUCUAGUGUUCGCUCUUCAUGCUGUGUGGGAAAGAGCACUGUGCCUGGCGCACCUAAGGCACUGAAGUGUCAUGAAUCACUAAUCUAUGUUGCGGCUGGUUCCUCGGUUGUUGCAAUUGAUAUAAGAACAAUGCGUCAAGUCUUUAAAGUGAACCAUCAAGAAGAAUUACAUUCUUUUCAAAUGUUGCCAGAGAAAUCAUUGAUCUGCACAGGGUUAGCUCAACGAGCAAUGCUCUGGGAUGUCAGAAGAGGCGGUGACAUACAGAAGGGAGAAGCAGUAGCGGAGUUAGAUGGACAUAAAGGCAAUGUAAACCUUUUGUACAUGGAUCCCUACAAAAUUGUUAGUGGUGGGCUGGAGGAUAUCGAAAUACAUGUUUGGGAGACGGGGAAUGGUAGACGAACAUGUUCUUUGCUUAGUUGUCUUCAAUGUGAUUCCCCUCCAGGCUUUGGGUGUUCUACAAUGGCUGUUGAUGGAUGUAGAAUAGUUACAGCGUGUAAUAACGAAGACCAUAGUGCCUUGUAUUUUCAGGACUUCAACAACGCGAUGGUUCCUAUCUCUUCUGAUUCAGGCAUCCUGGAAUCAAAAUUUUGGGGUCCUCAAUCACAGAGUGAUACUGAAGAAGAGCCAGAUAAUGAUUCAACCUAGCUGCCGCCCCUGACUCAAAUUCCAAUACGUCACUUCAUUACAAUCCACACUCUGGACUGCCUAACUUCAAUUAGAUUUGGAUCAAAGUUUCUUCUGAGAAGUGUGAUGCAGUGUGUACAUAAAGGUGAAAUAUAGUGGAAACAUGAUAAAGACAGAAUUUCAACUGGCACUACACUUAAGAUUCAUCUUCCAAACUUACAUAGCAUCCUUAUCUCGUUUCCUUUUUUAUAUGUAAAAUUGUGCACCCAUUAACCCAUUCGAAAAACAUUGUUCUCGUCAUUGAUUUUUUUUACUCGAUGUUUUUUUUUUUCCCCC